UAUUUUCGCCUCAACGUUGACCAUGCUAAUCAUCAUGGUGCUAUGCUCAGUGAAGAUGCUAGCCUGGGAGCGGGUGUUUGCGCGGGAGGAGUAUGGCAACGACCGUCGCGGAGAAUUCGCGUGCCGUGGACAUUUCGUGCCUCCUCGACCCCGCCUACACACGCGCGUACGUCGACCACCAGGGCGAUCUUGACGACCCCAGCUAUUGCAACUUCCCCGUCUUCCCCACCCCGACGCGUCGCAUACGUACCGACAACUCACACUGCCUAGCGGAAGCGGCGCGGUUCAAUGCUGCCUUCAUAGCCAGCCAUAUGCACGUCGGACGAACUCCAUGUUCGUCGGGACGCGUACUCGCACGAGCACUGCAGAGAGAGGCGGCGGCGACCGGGUGGAUACAUCCGCUUAACAGUGAACUGGCAGUAGUGGUUCAGCUAGCCGGGAGCCAGUUCGAGCUCGCCUGUGUGCAAGCGGCUUGCGGUGCGCUCCGGCGGUCAUGGGGGCUGCCCGAGUCGCAGUCGCAGUUGAGUGGGUGUGGCCGAGAGCAACGCGCUGGGCGCUAGCGCUCGGACCACUCACCAUCUACGCGGGCUCGUCCCGCACGACACCAUCAAUGUCGAGUGCGUCGUCGGCCGCGUUGAGCGUGUCAACCG